AGGAACUUGGUUUAUUCCGGGUGCGCUCGACCGUGGACCAGGAUGAAUGCGUGCUGCAGUCUCUAAACGACUCGGAGCUCAAGUUGAUGGUCUCUAAGCUGCAGCGGUUGAGUGCUUUCCUCAACAGCCACACAGUCAUGUGGCAACGAUACGGCGAUGAAGCCUUGGAGGCAAAGCACAAUCUCAGCGCUGUUGUGGCUCUAAGCUUGCAGUUUAUGCAUCUGUCGGACAUUCUCAUCUUCAAUGUUAACCGAUCAAGCUUCCACAACUUCAACGACUCUCAGUUUGUAGAAUGCAUGCGCGAUAUGCAACGGCUAACAUUGACUCAUGUGCUGUCGGACAAUACUGCAUUCGAACUCGUGCGCCGACUGACACUGGAGAUCACAUACACGUGCCUGUUGAAUGCAGAUAUGGAGACAAAGACCGCCAUGCGCAAUGAUCUGCUAAGAUCAUGUGGAUCCUUCUUCGACACUUCCGAUAGUGUCACCUUAGAAGUGUAUCUCAACCUACAGCAACUGCUAGACAUGCCUGUGGCUGACCACGAACUCAGUCCCAACAACCGCGUGCGAAAGACGGUCAUGCGCAUCAUUGAAACAUUCUUAGAGAGCGAUAACAUGGAUUUAAACACGCUGACCAAGCUAUGCGAGAAACUAGAUCUCAUACGGGUGCGACACCGUAUAGACCUAUCUACAGACAUUGUGGAGACGUGCCUGCGUGUGGCCUACAAACUGCGCAUCCGCACACCCGAAGACAUCGAGAACGAAAUGCGUCACCGCUUGAACACCCACCCCCACACCCACAGUAGGCACACACACCCCCACACACACGCACACACACACGCACACACACACAUAUCUGGGGUAGAUACAGCACAUGAGCGUGUUGGCUUGCGCAAGAGACCUGCAGAUGCCAUGAGCGGCGGUGCGAGUGGUCGCUCGGGCGUUAGGCGCUGGCGGCCUUUGCGUUCUGCGGACACAGAUGAGAAUGCCAAGCAGCGUCUGAUGUGCUAUGAGUUGGUGUUCGACUACUUAUUGGACUACAACGAGAGUGGUGUAGCAGUACCCAAACACGGGCCUCUGCAUGCAGCGAUUAGAAGUGACAACACUGAGUUUGUCACCAUCCUGUACGAGCGAUUCGCCGAGAACGUCCCCUUACACACGUACUUGGUCAGACUUGCGCCAAAGGAUCCGACUCUGUUGCAU